GACAGGCGGCGCGGGGCCCUUAAAGGGGCCGUUCCGGCCGCCCUCGGGGCCGCGGGUUCGCGGCCCGGCCCGCCCCACUUCCGCCUUGCACGGCCGGGGCCGCGCCGCUGUCAUGGCCUGCCGCCUCCAGCAGCUGUUCGGCGCCGACGGCGACCUGGCGGACGAGGAUUUCCUCUCGGCCGUGGAGGAUGCAGAGAACCAGUUUGUGUCUCCCAGAUGCUCGUCAGCUGCCGAUGGCCCGGGACCUCCCAGGGUGCAGCCCCUCUGCCCGCAGGGACCUCAGCUCGGUCACCCUCCUGGUAAACGUACCGGGCUGCGGCCGCUCGCUGUGCCAGGGGAGCAGCCUGGGGGCUGCCAGCGCCCCCUGGCUCAGGGAGAGGCCCCCCAGGAUGAGCGGGACAAUGAUCUCUUCCUGGCCGCCUGCAUGGAGCUGGAGGACCCCGCUGGCAGCUCGGGGUCCAGUGCUGCCCAGCUGCCCACAGAUGGAUGGGAGAAGCCGCCACAGAUACAUGUGGGGCACGAAAGACCCCAGGAGUGGGUGGCCCCUAAGAAGCUGCGGGUGGGACAGGAGCUGGUCCCUGCCAGCUCCAGGGGUCCAGAGGACAGCCUGGACUCCCUGCCCACCCCACAGGCAGCUGCUGCUCCCAGGCUGGCGCUGCGGCCCAGCGCAGCUGGUAUCUGCCCCUCCAGGCCCCCCACUCCACUGGGAAAACCGGGCAGCUCGUCGGGCUCCAUCCCCACUCCUGGGGGUCCAGCCCCGAGGCCUCUCUGUGCAUCCUCAUGCCAGCCAGGAAUGAGCAGCUCUGCAGGGCAGAGCUGUCCCCCACGCCGGCCACCCCCUGGACCCCACUCCAACCCCCCAGCCUUGAUGAGCUGUGUGGAGCCUCUGCCGAGGCAGCAGCCACUCGGGCCAGCCCCAGGCAGCCUGCAGACACCAGUGGUCACCAACCACCUUGUGCAGCUGGUGACAGCAGCCAGCAAAGCACCAGGGACUGCCCCCUGCCUCCCACCGCAGGGGAAGACUCGCCGGUUCCCAGGGCCUGCUGGAAUCCUGCCACAGCAGCAUGCUGGGAAGCUCCUGGAGGAGAUCCUUGUUUCUGCUCCCCAGACUCCAGCUCACGGAGCUGUGGCAAAGCCACGGAUGGAGGAACUGCCCAGCUCCUCGCUGCCUGCAGAAGAGGAUUUUGGGAAGGGGCCCUGGCUUGCCAUGAAGACUGAGCUGGGGCUGGAUGAGAGGGACCCUGGCUGUUUCCUCAGGACCUACAGUGUGGUCAUGGUGCUGCGGAAGGCAGCCUUGAAGCAGCUCCCGAAGAACAAGGUCCCCAGCAUGGCGGUAAUGAUCAAGACCCUGACCAGGACCAACGUUGAUGCUGGUGCUGUGUUCAGGGACCCAACUGGAGAGAUGCAGGGCACGGUGCAUCGCCUACUGCUGGAAGAGAGACACAGUGAGCUCAAGCCUGGCGCGGUGCUGCUCCUGAAGCAGGUAGGCGUCUUCUCCCCAUCCCACCGCAACCACUACCUUAACGUCACCCCCACCAACCUGCUGAAGAUCUACCCACCGGAGCCUGAGGGCAGCUUCUCCCAGCCAUCGCUAAUGCAGCAGGAGGUCCCUUCCCAGGCUGGGCUACUCUGGCCUCACCCUGCACAUCUUCCUCCCGGUGACUCUGCCUCUGGGGACUGGGGCCAAUGGAGGCUGGGCAGCCACAGCACAGAGCAGGCUCCUAGCGGCAUCUCCCUGCACCCACAGAGCCCCAGGCCCGGGCGAGAAGAGCCAGUGGGAGCUGAUGGCUGUGAUAUGGAUGACCUAGAUGGGCUCCUGGGAGAGUUGCCUGAGGAUUUCUUCUCUGUGCCAGCCCAAACUGACUGCUGCUGACCUCAAGGAGUUGUGGCACAGCCAUGGGGAUAGGUUCCUGCAGCCACGGCCCAAGCUGAGCUGUGGCCUGUUAAGGAUGCCAAGCAAAUAUGUGAUGCACCAGGCACUUGCCUAGUCCUUUCUCUGUGUAUUUGUUGCGUUUGUUCCAGAGCCAAGAGCUGGGGGGGAAGCUGGGGAGUCCCAGGGUAUACUGCCUCAGUGUCUGUUCCUGUUCCUCAGGGCUGGAUGGCCCGUCUUGGCUCCCAAACCUGUAUUA